AUGGCCCCCAAGGACAUGGCUCCCGAGGUGAUGCCCGAGCUCGGCGUCGACACCCUCUUCAACCUCCGCGGCAAGGUCGCCCUCGUCACUGGCGGUGCCACUGGAAUUGGUCGCAUGAUCGCGGCCGGCUACGUGCGCAACGGCUGCAAGGUCUACAUCGCGUCCCGCAAGCUGGCGGACCUGCAGCGUGUCGCCGACUCGCUCAACCCCGUCGGCAAGGAGACUGGCGGUUCGUGCCACGCCAUUCAGGCCGAUGUUGGUGACAAGGCGGGCUGCGAUGCUCUCGCUGCCGAGAUUGCCAAGCGCGAGACCUCGCUCGACAUCCUCGUCAACAACUCUGGUCUCUCGUGGGGUGCUCCCCUCAUCGAUUUCCCCGAGAAGAACGGAUGGGACAAGACGUUCGCCCUCAACGUCAAGGCCCAGUUCUACCUCACCGUCGCCCUCCUCCCCCUCCUCGAGAAGGACAAGACGAACAUCCGCCCCGCGACCGUGAUCAACAUCGCCUCCGUCGCCGCCAUCUCGGCCCAGGCUGAGGGCGCGCUCUCCGCCCCCGGCUCCGGAACCUACUCGUACCAGCCGUCCAAGGCCGCCUCGCUCCACCUCACCAAGGUGCUGGCCACCUCCCUUGCCCCGAAACACGUCAACGUCAACGUCAUCCUCCCCGGUGUCUUCCCUUCGCGCAUGACCUCGUUCGGUCUCCAGAACUCCGAGGACGCCCUCGUCGCCAACCAGCCCACUGGACGCGUCGGAACCAGCGAGGACAUGGCCGGUACCGCUCUCUUCCUUGCCUCUCGUGCGGGCGCUCACUGCACUGGCACGGCAAUCACCGUCGACGGUGGCUCCGUCCUCGGCCGCACUGGUGCCAAGCUCUAA